CCACCCGCAGCCGGACAGAGAGGGGCUUUUCUUUUCCUGCAAGUCCCCAUCAGUGAAGCCCCCCCCCCCUUCAAGCCCCCCAGAACCCUGCAGCCCCGCGUCAUUGUAAACUUUUAGUAUCCGGCGGAGAAUCACAGGUUCUGUUUUUCGAAGAACUUCACGUGGAGCUGCGGCCAUGUCCCGCCCUCCUCCCCCGACCUCUGGUCUGUAGCGGACCAGAAACGACCCUCAUUCCCACCCCCCACCUCGUUCUCAGCCGUUCGACCAAACCCUCCCCCCACCCCCCACCAUGGCCAGCAAGAGGAAGUCCACGACUCCUUGCAUGAUCCCCAGCAAGGUGGUGCGGCCGGUGGAGGAGGUCGAGCGGGACUCUGCGGGUCAGUCCAGGAUCUGCGGAGCGGGCAGGCGGAGCCCGCUGGACUCGGGAGAGCCCUCCCAGCUGGAGGCGGGGGACGCCGUCGAUGACGGCGCCGGCACUUACACUUGCAGGCCUUGUGACUUUGAGACCCACGACCUUAACUUGUUCCUGGACCACGUGUACUCGGGGCACCCGGACUUCCGCGCGGACCCCGGCUUCUUGUGCCGGAACUGCGGGGUUUCCGCGCCCAAGUUUGAGGGGCUGGCGCUGCACAACGCCCGGGUUCACCCCAGCACGCUGAACACCUCCCUGCACCUGAGGAGGCGGGACCGGAGAGCGGUGGUGGAGCAGAGUCUGCGGCCGGAGGCGGAGGCGGGCAAAGAUGGCGAGAUCUCCAUCACCAAAACCCCCAUCAUGCGGAUGAUGAAGGGCAAGGCGGAGUCCAAGCGGAUAGUGGUGUCUCACCCGGGGUCAGACGAGCCGGCGGCGCCCAGGGAGCCGGAGAGGAAAGAGGCGGCGGUGGCGGUCACCCACGUCCCCACCAUCGUCCACAACGGAACGUCCAAAGUCUCGCUGCCAUCGGCAAUCCAGAUCGUCAACGGCUCCGGGGCGCUGCCCAUGCUGAAGACCCCCAUCACACAGGUGGUCUCGGUGGUUCAAAACAGGAGCCAUCAUCAAUCCACACCGACCAUGGCCUCCUCAAACAUCUCCUCCGCCUCGUACUCGACCUCCAAGAAUCUCCCCAAGGUGAUGAUUCCUCUGAGCAGCAUCCCCACCUACAGUGCCUCCAUGGACUCCUCCUCCUUCCUGAAGACCUCCUUCAGUAAGUUCCCGUACCCGACGAAGGCGGAGCUCUGCUACCUGACGGUGGUCACCAAGUUCCCAGAGGAGCAGAUCAAGAUCUGGUUCACCGCCCAGAGGCUCAAGCAAGGCAUCAGCUGGUCUCCGGAGGAGAUCGAGGAGGCCAGGAGGAAGAUGUUCAACACCAUCAUCCAGACCGGGCCCUCCGGCUCGCAGAGCCAGGGCCACCACGCCCCCGCCCAGCACACCAUCACGGUGCUGCCGGCGUCGCUGGGGGCCGCCGGGAUCCCUCACAUCCUGCAGGGGUCCCUGGUCAGUCAGGGAGGGGUCAUCGUCACGCAGCCCAUGAUGGCCAACGGGAUCCAGGUCAGCAGCGCCCCGGUGGCCCUGGCCGUCACGCCCAAGCCCCAGGCGGCGGCCCGCCCCACCAUGCAGGCGCGCCCGGCCGCGGCGCCGGUGGCGGACAAAGGCGUCAGAGAAGUGUUGGUGGGCACGGCGGGCGGCGGCACCGCGUGUCACAUGGUCAGCAGCAGCAGCGCCGCGAGCCAGAGCGGGAGAGACGGCUCCAUUAUUACAAGCAGCCACGCCAUCAACCUCAGCCUGGGCAGCGCCGACCCGUCCCGCGCUGCGGUCAGCAACGCCGGCAACAGCAGGUGUGACAGCGGCGCCAAGGACGCCGGCGGCGCCGCGCAGAGCGACGCCGGAGGAGAAAGACGGGAGGAGGAAGAGGCGAGGGACGUCAACGCAGGCGGCGAUGGGCCGAAGAGGAAUGACGACGUCGACUCCGACACCGGGACGGAGGCGGCGUCCUCUCCCUCUUCUCCCGCGGCGCACCGCGGCGGCACGCCGGUCAACGCCUUCCUGGACCCGAGCUUUUACAAAGGCAAGAAGUCCCAGGAGCAGCUGAGCGCGCUGAAGGACAGCUUCCUGAGGAACCAGUUCCCCGACCAGGAGGAGGUGGACCGCCUCAUCGCCACCACGGCGCUCACCGUGCGGGAGGUGCGCAAGUGGUUCAGCGACCGGCGCUACCACUUCCGCAACCUGAAAGGCGUGCGCACAGGCGGGCAGGGGAGGCCUGGGGGGGGGGGCGGCCCGGGCGCAUCGGGCGGCUGUGCCGACGGAAGCACAAACCCCCUCGACCUGUCGGAGGGCGGCGGCGGCGGCUCGGCGCCGCUGAGCCCGACGCCGUCGCAGACCCCCACCUCUCCCACCACGCCGUCCCGACGACACCCCCGACCUCCUUCCCCGGACUUCACAGCCAUCCGCUACAAGGAGAGGGAUCCGCAUCAGCUCAAGGCCCUGGAGGCCAGCUUCGUGCAGGACCCGGACCCCCCGGGGGAGGAAGUGGACCGCCUGCGAUCUGAGACCAAGAUGACCAGGAGGGAGAUCCACGGCUGGUUCUCCGACCGCAGGAAGAGGAUGGCGGCGGAGAAAAAGAAGGAGGAGGCGCAGCGGGUGAUGGAGGGGGAGGAGACGGAGGCCGACGGCGAGGAGAGGCAGAGGGAGGACGGCUCGGGAGAACUCAAGGUCAACCCCAUAAAGAUCAACCUGAAGAUGCUCAAGGUGACGGAGGCCAACGGGAAGGCAGAGGGCGACGCGCCGGAAGCGGCGGCCGCCUCCUCCCCGGGCCCCCCCCCCUCCUCCGCCCCGACCCCGAAGCCCGCUGCCAUCCGGGGCAAGAAGACGGCGGAGCAGCUGCAGACGCUCAAACUGGUCUACGCCCGCACGCAGUGGCCCAGCGCCGCCCAGUACGACGACAUGCUGCAGGCCACGGGGCUGGCCCGGCCCGAGGUGGUGCGCUGGUUCGGGGACUGCCGCUACGUGCAGAAGAACGGGCAGCUCAAGUGGCUGGAGGCCUUCCAGACGGCGGCCCUGGAGGAGGACCUGCAGAAGGGCGACGUGGAGGUUCUCCGGGCCCACUACCACGCCCACGGCAGCGCGGAGGAGUCGCAGCUACAGGAUCUGGCUCAGAGCUGCGGCCUCACGGCCGACCUGGUGAGACACUGGUUCUCCACCCAACCGGGGCCAGAGGAGAAGAAGAUGGGAGCAGGAGAAGGUGGAGCAGGAGAAGGUGGACGGCGGAGCAACAAAGGCAGAGGAGGCAAACCCUGAGAAGACUGUGAAUCCCACUGAAGGAAGCGAAUGAAGAGGCCUUCGUUUAUGAUUGGGGGGGAAGGCAGAUGUGGUUGUAAAAGGAUCCCUGGACCCCCCCCCCCCCCCCCCAUAUCCCCCUGGAGGUUGGCAUGACCUCCCCCGCUACGUGAGAUGGACACCAAAGCCCAACACCCCCCCCUCGCUCGCUGUGCAGGCUGUCCUCCUGGCCGCCAUUUUCCCCUCAGAAGGAAGUUCCAGUGGCGCGUUUGUUCCGCCUGACCGCUGUGGGGGGGGGAGGAAAUCAACAGCAGGGUUUUUUGGGGAAUGGAGGAACUGCUCAGCCCUUUGUCUGCUGGGGGGGCUUCCCUAAAAGGCCUUAAAGUAAAAAAACAUUGUGCCAUCUUCGUAGCCCCCCCCCCCCCCCCCCCCCCCCACCAACGUGCACUCAAACACUUUGACUUCAUGCUUGCAGCUUACUUUAGUGCUCGGCUUUGUACUCACUUUGCAUUUCUUAUCUGUACAUAUUUUGGUUAAAUGAGAACUUUAAUUGUCCGUUUUUUUGUUGAGAGGGGGGGGGUUAAUAAACGUCUGGAAUUCUGUCAUCCAAAGAGGGCGUGAGGACAAGUAGAGUACAUGGAACGUGUUUGUGUCGUAGCAUCAGAGUGCUUCUUUACGGGACUUUCCUAUGGAACACCUUUUUUGGACUGUAGAAGAACCCGAGUUCCACAUUUAGGUUCGUUGUAUCAUUUUUACAGAUGGUAUUUGCAGAAUAAAACAGAAUGUAACAAACGUGUGUUUUUCCUCAGUGCUUACAGAAACUACCAAAACUUUAUUUUGUAACAUCUAAAAAGGCUUUAUUCAAAGAACAGAGACAGGUAA